CUGAAAGCCGUUUCUGCAGUAAUGACCGCCAUAAAUAGCCUGAGCUGUUAGGAGAGGAAUCUUUUACUAUUAUGGCCCUUUAAAGCACACAGCUUCUGCUUAGAACAGGAAUCAUUUUAGCACGGCUUGCAAAAUUCCUCGACUUUUAGAAAACAAGCCUUGUCAGGCACUUUAUUUUGUUUGUUUAUUGCUCAUGAACAAAGAACAAGAUUCAGUAAAAUAUGACAUAUACAUGCACUUAUGAACAGUGUGGUCAUAUAUUGGGUUUAUUGGUUGCAUGUUAUCUGGUGGUUAUCUGGUGUACUGGCUUUAAUGAUAAACAACUGAUGGUUCAUAUGUGUAAUGAAAAUCAUUAGAAAUUCUGUUUUGUUCAGCAGUGAAAUGUUGAAAUGGCACCAAAAUGCCUUCUUUUCCAUUUUAAGGUAAAGGAAUUAAAUAUAGAGAAGUGUCUUUUUAUGACGCUGUGAAUUCGUUCCCAACGUGUAAUUUGUCACAAUCACACGUGUAUUUCCAGCCGUUAGUCAGUUAUUUCAGGAUCUUAAAACGCAUUCUGUAGUUUCCCCACUUGCGUGAUUAUUAAAACGGAAAGACGGAAAAGCAUUUUCCAAGAUCCAUUAGAUGCUCAUGUAAAAUUAAAGCAAAUGUAUUUGCAAAUGCAAACUCUAACACAGACGUGUCUGAUCAACGUUUCGGAUUGAACUGUGGUCGCAUUCAAAGCUGUCGGUAUUGAUCUUCAUUUGGAGACUUCCUGGUCCAGACACCAAUAUUCUUUCAGUGUCGUCCUGAGACUCUUCCGGGAAUAACACUAAUGGAAGUGGAAGGUCAUCACCAAGGUCGUGCGUGUGUGGAGCCGAACAUCUGUGAGUGUUUGGUGGGAUGGGGAUGAUAAUACGCAGAGAGUCUGUGGAGAGACGCGCGUCACUGCUGGAAUGCGCUCCGGAGAGCAUACGAGCUUCACUCUUGGAGAGGUCAGAAGAUCCUCGUUCACAUCAUGAAAUAAUCCAAAUUCAUUUCCUCAAGUGUAGACGACUCAUCUGUCAUCAUGGUUUCACCGCUCAGCUCCAGCGACACCACCGCUACGAACGAAACGGUUCCUCUGUGCUUCUCCAUCAACAGCCCUCCGUUCAGAUACAACCACACCAUCGCCUCGGCGUCCUUCUCCGCCGUGUUCAGCGGACUCGGCCUCAGCUCCAACCUCUUCGCUUUGGUGGUGCUGGCCAAGACGUUCCAUCAAACCAAGAGCCGCUCGCGUUCCUCCUUCCUGCUCUUCCUCGGCGGUCUGGUGUUCACCGACUUCAUGGGGCUGCUGGUCACGGGCUCCAUCGUGGUCUCCUUCCACGUCACGCAAUUCAACUGGCGCCAACUGGACCCUCACUGCCACUUCUGCAACUUCAUGGGAAUGUCCAUGGUCUUUUACGGACUCUGCCCGUUGCUGUUGGGAGCCACCAUGGCCGUCGAGAGGUUCGUGGGCAUCAACCGACCUUUCGCUCGAUCCAUGAACAUGUCCAAUAGCAGAGCGUGCUCAACGGUGGCCAUGGUGUGGGUCACGGCCGGAUGUAUCAGUCUGCUGCCCCUCGCUGGGCUUGGAAGCUAUCAUCUGCAGAUGCCCGGCUCGUGGUGUUUCCUCAACAUCAGCUCCAAACCGCUGGACAUGACCUUCAGUCUGAUCUUCUCUCUGGUGGGCCUGCUGUCGCUGGUCUUGUCGUUCGUGCUCAACACGGUUAGCGUGAUCACGCUGUUGAGGGUGUGCUGUGGACAGGACGGCCGCCAGCGGAGACGAGAUUAUGAGGUGGAGAUGAUGGUGCAGCUCAUUUUGAUUAUGGUCAUCGCCUCCAUCUGCUGGUGCCCCUUACUGGUGUUUAUUGCGCAGACUGUGCUGUCGGGCAGCAGGCUCGAGGUUCGCUACCUUCUUCUCUGGCUUCGUUUUGCCACGGGGAACCAGGUCUUGGAUCCCUGGGUCUACAUCCUAUUCAGACGUUCCAUACUGAAACGCAUUUAUCCACGGAUGGACUGGUCCCGCGGCUCCAUCGUGAGCCUGUACCCGUCUCUUUCCACGUCUCUCCGGAAGCUCACGCGCGGAUCGCUGGGAGGAACGCUCGGGCAUCUGGACGGAUUCAGACAAGGUGCUCCUUCACCGCUGGAAAACACCUCACCUCCGCGAAGUCCUCCACUUGACUAGCACAUGAAUAGUUAACUAGAAUAUUGUUGUUGUUUGCGUGCUGGUUUGCGCUGUUCUGGAGAUAAACACAUUCACACUGGAGUGUGAGGAACAGAAAUCAGAUGUUGCUGUUGACAUCUGGUCUGGAUCAAGUUCAAGGCCUCUUGCGAUUUGGAUGGAGAUGCGACACUGCUGGAUUUGAGAACAGGUUUGGCCGAGCUCUCGGCAUGGCAGAUCUGGAGUCAUUCAGAGCGUACACAUGGGCCGACCGACACGUACACAUGCCAUUGUAAAAUGUUUUCAGAAAUUCUGCCCAGCGCUGGCUUUCUUCCCAGACAUAUACAUUCCUUACACUCGCUGAUAAAACUUUGAGGACCACACAGAUUGAUGAAAAUGCAUGCUACAAAAUGCUGGGUUGUUUCAACCCACGGUUGGGUUAAACAUGAACAAACCCAACUGCUGUUUUAAAUGAACCUUGAAAAUAUCUGUAUUUGGGCGAUUCUCACGAAACCACUGAAACUCCAUGGCAGUAAAACGUCAUAAUGAAGAUAAUUGAGUUCUCUACCUUGGACAUAACAUAAUAUUGACAUAUUUAAAGUUUUAUGUAUUUUAUAGUUCUUUCUGCUAAAAUUCUCGCAAUCGCAACGCGUCCCGAUUUGUGUGCAUUAUAUGUUUGUAAUUUAAACAGAGUCAAAUUAAAAUAUUGUGAAGAAAACAAUUCUACUACACUAGAUGCUCUCAAAUGACAAAAAAUGACAAAAAAAUGAUUGACAGAAUAUUCAUAUAUAACAAAAGCGAAGAAAUAGUGGAAGAAAGAAGUGUCCAAGACUGAUAUUCUCAUCCUCCGUAUGUUUUUUAAAGACAUACAUUAAGUUUGAUUUUAUGUGAAGAAAACAUCUACUAACACAAAAAAACGGUAAUUUUACUGAAUUUUUCUGUCAUUUUUAACAGAUUUUCAACGUCAAAUUUAAAUUUAAAAUAAAAUGUACUGGUUUUUUUACAUAUUUUUAUGUAUUUUUAAAAAAAAAGACCACAAAUUUCACCAACAAAAAAAACAGGUGAACAUUUUAUUUUACUAAAAACGUUAUUUUACCGUUUAUUUCUG